GUUGAAGAAAUUCUUGAAGUUUUAUUUUGAAAAUUAUCCUUUUGUUUCGAAGGGCCUUAACCGGAUGUCUUUCUGUUUGUUGCUGCGGGCAACAAGGACGGCAGCGCGAUAGCUUGAUGGUGAAUUCGUAGUUUGGGUAAAUGGUCGAGCUUGUGAUAAGCUAAAUACUAAUAACAUAUAUUCUGAUGCGAUUUGUGUGGAUUAAGCCGUGGAUUUCUUCAUAAAAUGUUGAAACCCGAUUUCAAACAAAACUGCACACAUAUAGGAAUACAAUAUAGACUAAACCGUGUUUUUCUCAUACCGAUUUAGUCAGAUUUGCUUCCGUUCUAGUACAGCUUGCUGUGAUUGACCACCAUGAAAACAAAGUACAUUACAACAAGGUUAAUGAGCUUAACGUUGCUAAAGUUUGUCAUUUUAUGGCUAAUGCAUGAUAUUACAGCCUGUACCAUGCUGAUGGUUGUGUCAUGAGGAAUCAGACGGAAAUCCAAGGUUGUCCAUAACUCAUUUCUCCACUGUAGCACCAGUACAGAUCUAAGCCCAACAAAUUUAUUCCUUUUAUUGAAACUGAAAAUUUUCUCCAGGGAGAAACUGGAAGGUUAGCAUUGGUUGCCAUGCGUAUCAGUCUCUGUCAGGGCCUGUUAACUGGCGCCAUCAUCCUCAACCUCCUUAUCCUCUACUAUGUAUCCCGAGCACAACAGCAAAUGAUGGAAAAGAGGAAGGAACUUGGCAGGGGUACAAGGAGGGCUGCCCUACCAGCCUCUGGUCUAGGGGGAGGCCUUGGGGCUCUAGUUGGAGCUGGGGGUGAGCGUGGAGGGCUAGGAGUUGAGGGGCACAGUCGCAGCCCGCGUGUGACCGUUCUUCUUCGGGAGUUUGAACACUUUGAGAAUUAUGUUGGGGAUGUGGCUAAUUCUUUCCUCCGCCAGAGACCUGAGAUUCCAUUUUUGGCUGUUGCCGACACAAAUCCGUACCCUCCCCUGGUACUUCCGGAGGGGGUGCGGCUCUUAGUGCUUUCCCCGAGCCCAGAGCAGCCGCCUCAAGCUCACAGGCCAGAGUUCCACGUUCAGACUGAGUUUGUGCUGUUGGUGCCUGAUGGGGCGGAGUUGGAGCAACCACGGUCUAUAGAGAGGCUGAUCAGGGAACUAGAAGGUGAGGGUGGGGGACCUGUGAGGUUGGUUGCUGCACCUGUGCUGGCUCGAUCUGCCGUGCAAUGCCUCCACCUGCGGGUGAAUCUCAGAGAGUGGACAGCCACCUACUCCCCUGCUGCGUCUGGGAGCAGCGGAAGCGUGUGCACGGCUUUGCAAGGAGAUGCGAUCAUCCUCAUUCGCACUGAGGAUCUUUUUAACCUCUCUGUGCCUCUGGGGCGGCCCCUUUUCGCCUCGCUUUUCGUCCAAACUGCCCUGAGAGGCUGGAAGGUGAAGCUGCUGGAGAGCCCCUGUUUCUCUGCAAACCACCGUCCACUCUUCAGCUCCGCUCACAACCAGUGGAAGGCUGACACUCGGCUCAAGGAGGCAACUGGAAAGCUCAUGAGGAGCUUCGGUUUGAAGCGCCUCCUUCUGCCUGAUGGGAAGGAACAGUGGUAUGGCUGCAGUAAAGAGACGUCACGUUGCUUUGGCACAGUGCAAGAUGACACUCCAGACUACCUUUAUCUGGAUCGCUGGACGCCACCCUGCUGCCUGCGAGGUCUGAGAGAAACUGCCAAGUAUGUCAUCAACAUCCUGGAGACCUCAGGUGUGCGCUACUGGCUCGAGGGUGGGACUCUGCUCGGUGCUGUCCGCCAUCAGGACAUCAUCCCCUGGGAUUAUGAUGUAGAUUUAGGCAUCUACCUGGAGGAUAUACCCAACUGUGAUCACCUGAAAAGCCUGGACUCGGGCUCCCUCGUAGAUGCUAAUGGCUAUGUGUGGGAGCGUGCAGUGGAAGGAGAUUUCUACAGAGUCCAGUACAGCGAGGCCAACCACCUGCACGUUGAUCUGUGGCCGUUCUAUGCACGCAACGGCGUCAUGACCAAAGACACAUGGAUCGAGCACAAGCAAGACGUGGAGUUCCCGGAACACUUCCUGCAGCCGCUGGUGCCAAUGACGUUUGCCGGCGUCACUGCCUUUGCCCCCAACAACCACAGAGCCUUCUUGGAGCUCAAGUUUGGAGAGGGAGUUAUUGAGAACCCUCAGUAUCCUAACCCUAUGAAAAAAAGGCUGGACAGAAGCAAAUUAUGAGCCGCAUGAUAGAGACUCAGAAACUUUUAAACUUCAUACUGACUUUGUUUACCAAACAACACAGAUUUUUACCUGAACUUGUUUUUCUCUUUUUUUCUGAGGAACUGCCUAAAAAAGUUGCGUAAAAUCUAAUGAGGUCUAAUAUAAUAAGAUUUAUAACUGAGAUGAUUCAUUUUACCAAAAUAUCUGUAUGCUAGUGCGUCUCCAUCAUUCAUCUAUAUCAAUCAGAGACUGAUUAAGGUACUAGUGUGCUCAAUCUGUAAGUGUUCUACAGAGGGGUAUAAUGAAUUCUUUUAAUUAUAUAGACCUUUAAAUGAUUCUUGUUACAAGCUGCCGUGUACAUGACCUUAAGCAGGAUUUAAGGUUUUGUGCAAAAUUAUUUAAAAUGAUGUGGUUUCGCACAAAUGUCUUUGAAUGUUACAUUCAUUUGCACUCAUUCUAUCAGUUUUGCACAGUAUAUUAAUGAAUUCAUUAUUUGUACACUAAUUUGGUCCCUGGCAGCUCUAAUAAUGUGAGUAAUCUCCACAUGGGGAUAUGAGAAACACACUGUGGUACUCUUUGUUAUUGUUCGCAUAAGGACAGGCUAAAAUGUUGCUCUGCUGCGCCUUAGUAUUCAGUUAGAAACAUAAAACUAUGACUGAAUGUGUAAAUUGAUAUUUACCCUCUGUGCAAUCACAUAUGUAACUACUGAGCGACCAUGAUGUAUUUAUUGGAAUAGAAUUUAAAUUAAGCACCAGCGCUUCUAGGUCCGACAUGUUUCCUGUAAUGUUCUUGCUUGUGCGUGAUGUGUCAAGAUGUCACUCCAUCUCAUGGACUGGUUAAAUAAAGAAGUGGAUACAGA